AUGAUCAAAUGUUGGGAUCAAAAGAUACUGGACGAUAGAUUAAGACUUCAGGGAAGCAAUUUCACAGAUGUCCAGACACUUGAACGUCUCAAGAAACUGUCCUCAGUAGCAUCCCGAGAUGAACACCUAGAGGGGGAAUCACAGAAGGAGGAUACACAGGCCAACCCCAACACACAACAAGAGCUUGCUGCUCUUUAUGAAAAGUUCUAUCAAUUGAUUAUCACGAUGAGCAAAACUGUUUUAGACAUACGUGAAAAGGAAAUGGAGUUAAAAGUCGAACCAGAUGAACAAGCAAAGCAAACAAUCAAGAUCCUAACAGAUGCAAUGGUGUCGAUGAGUAGAAAGAUGCCUCCAUCUCCAGGGACAACGCAACACCAACAAGCGCAGCAGCAAGACCAGCAAGACCUUCAGGAUGCACAGAUUUGUGAAUUGUGCAAGAUGGCAUGGAAGGCGGCUGAAAGCAGGUUUGCAACAAUAAUAGAACAGCUGGAACGACAAGUAACUGACCAACAACAACAAAAACACCAACAAACUUGUGACAACACUGUACAAGCUCCAAUUAAUCCCACAAAUUUUCAAGACAUUAAAAUUGACAAAGCACAGGGACUGGAGCAAUUGAGCCAGACAAAUGAUGAGGAUUCUCUUCUAGUGGGGAAAUCCGUGCCUACUUCAAAAGAAGUGGUGGUUGAUGAACAACAAACUCAACCACAAGCACAUGGAAUAGAAUAUCUCCACAAUAGAAAAGAAGAGAUCCCAUCAAAAUCCCACCGGCCGGGAUUCAGUCAGGAAGACAGUUAUGAGACAACCCAGGAGAAGAACACUGAGGAAGAUAUCACAGGAAGUGUUGAUUUGGAUAAAGAUGUCAAUGAGACUAUAGAAGCAGAAGAAUAUCCAGUACCAUCUGCACUCGACGAAACAAAGAAUCCCACUCCACCAUCGAUGAAAUCAUAA